UCACAGCGUCCGCAACGAGGCACUGUUGAGAAACUGCGCAGCCGCUAUGCGCAUCCGCCAGCUUGUGGGCAGCUCAGCCAUUGCUGUUCCCCUUCAACGCAGACACACACACACACACACGCAGUCACACACACGCGUGGAGGAAUCAUCGAGGAAAAUCACAGCUGGCGUAUUUACCGAAUCCACGGAGAUCCGCCAUCUCUAAACUUUCCCCGGAUUUCAACGCCUGCGCAGCCCCCCCUCCCACCCUUGGGUGUGUAUGUGCAUGUCUGCAUGUGUGUGUCCGCCAUGGAAGCCACCGGUCUCCAAGCAGGCGGCUGCGACACCGCAACCGUGCACGUCAAAAGGGAGGAAGGCGAGGAAAAGCAAUAUGCGCUGGUUUUGGGCAGCCGGCACUCGCCUGCGCCCUGCAGCGAUCCCGCAUGCAGGGGGGGGGAAGAGCCGGGAGAUCCAUCACAGCUGCAUACAACCAACACAGCUACUCCUGAGCUGCUGCCCCCGGCGAUGCCAUCUGCCCCUCCGGAGAAGACUCUCGCCCUCGGUUCCGAUUUCUCCUCCAAAGCCGUGUUGUGUCUGAUCGAGGCCGUCGGUCGCCGCUGGGGCCUUUACGAGACGCGGGAACGCUCGCAGCUGUUCCAGAGCGUCCAGGAGGAGUUAGCCGCCAAAGGCCACAUACUUCCUGUGGAGAGGAUCCGACGCAAGUGGAAUAAUUUGAUCGUGACGUACAAACGGGUGAAAGACCGCAGCCGGGAGACGGGCCAAGCCAAGACGUCGUGGGAGUUCUUUAAUCUCAUGGAUGCCACGUUGUGCGACACGGUCGGUUCUUACAUCAGCAACAAACGUAGCAAAGGAGGCGGCGCCGUCCCCACGCAGGUCACGCCUAAACUACACAUCCCACCGCCGACCACCAUCAUCCACCCUAACGGGAACUUCUCCACGCCUGUUCAUGUGGAACCAGGUCUCAAGGCUCAGUCCGCUCCCGGCGGGAACAACAGUGACGCCAUCGGGACUAUUCGCCAAACAGAGAGCCCGGACCUAAAACCCUUGAUGGUACUUAAUAGCGACAUUGUUACCAGCAGCCUUCAUCUGGCCUCCACCGAUCCGCCUCCGUCUUUUAUCUCCUCGUCUUGUUUCACACACCCGGCCUCCCCCUCGCUUGGGUCUGAUCUGAAUCUGAACACCCCCGGUAAAGUUCUAUCAUUCCCGACGGACGUCAUGUGCUUUCGUCGCGGCCACAACCUCGCUUCCAAUUUCCCGUCCGCGUCCUCCGUUUCCACCUCGGCAGAACCCAAAGUCAAGAAAGCCAACGAGGAGCACAUGAGCGCCCCCUUCUACCGGGAGAUUUUUAAGAAAAGGGAGGAGCAAACUCACCUGGAUGGCGUCGCUCACGGUCGCGUGGACGCCAGAGAAAAACGACGUGAGAGAAGAGAAGUGCGGAUGGCGAAGUCCCUGUGCCGCAUCGCCACGGCUCUGGAGCUGCUCUCGUCCAAGCAGGACACCGUCAUCGCUCUCCUGCAGAGGCUGGCUGAUAAAAAGUGAAGGACGAGGACAUUAUUUGAGUGACAGCUGUCUUCUAAAAUUAAUAUGCUAUGUUUACUAAAGAUUAUUAUUACCCAAUUUCUCAAGUUGAUUGUUUUUAACCAACACUGGAGGUGAC